GUCCACCUGCGCUCGCCAGCAUUCUGCGUGUUGCUCGCCAUCCAGCCCCUUUUCCUCGUCGUCUGCCUUCGCCAUUGACCGUUUUCCUGUUCAAAAUGCACCAUCUGUCGCAGUCAUCCUCUUCUGCUCUUCGUCGCGCUGCUGUUAAGGCCGCGAAGCCGUCGUUGGCGCGCGGCGCGCACAAGGAGAUCAAGUUCUCGAAUGAGGGUCGCGCAAGCAUCCUCAAGGGUGUUGACGUUCUCGCCGACGCCGUCAGUGUGACGUUAGGUCCUAAGGGACGCAACGUUAUCAUUGAGCAGGCGUUUGGAGGCCCCAAGAUUACAAAGGAUGGUGUCACCGUCGCAAAGGCCAUUUCGCUUGAGAACAAGUUCGAGAACCUCGGUGCUCGCCUUGUUCAGGACGUUGCGCAGAAGACCAACGAGAUUGCCGGUGAUGGCACCACGACUGCGACGGUGCUUGCUCGCGCAAUCUAUUCCGAGGGUGUUAAAAACGUAGCCGCCGGCUGCAACCCAAUGGAUCUGCGCCGCGGUUCGCAAGCUGCUGUCGACGUUGUCGUCAAGUUCCUCUCUGCGCACACGAAGACGAUCACAACCACUGCUGAGAUUGCUCAGGUCGCGACCAUUUCCGCGAAUGGCGACAGCCAUGUUGGCAAUAUCAUUGCGCAGGCCAUGGAGAAGGUCGGCAAGGAGGGUGUCAUCACCGUGAAGGAGGGCAAGACGACGGAAGAUGAGAUUGAGAUCACGGAGGGUAUGCGCUUUGACCGUGGCUUCAUUAGCCCGUACUUCAUUACGGACGUCAAGAGCCAGAAGGUCGAGUUUGAGAAGCCUCUCAUCCUGCUCAGCGAGAAGAAGAUCAGCGUUCUCCAGGAUAUUCUCCCGGCACUUGAGGCCUCCAUUUCGCAAAGGCGCCCACUGCUUGUCAUUGCCGAGGACGUCGACAAUGAGGCGCUCGCGGCCUGCGUUGUCAACAAACUCCGUGGCCAGAUCCAGGUCUGCGCUGUCAAGGCGCCCGGCUUCGGUGACAAUCGCAAGUCUAUCCUGGGCGAUAUCGCCGUCCUCACUGGUAGUACCGUUUUCACGGACGAGCUCGACAUGAAGCUCGAACACAUGACCGCUGAUAUGCUGGGCUCGACCGGUUCCGUCACAAUCACGAAGGAAGACACGAUCAUCCUCAAUGGUGAGGGCUCGAAGGACGUUAUCCAGCAGCGCUGCGAGCAAAUUCGCGCGCUCAUUAACGACCCGACGACGAGCGACUACGACAAGACGAAGCUGCUCGAGCGUCUCGCGAAGCUCAGUGGUGGUGUCGCCGUCAUCAAGGUCGGCGGCAGCAGCGAGGUCGAGGUCAGCGAGAAGAAGGACCGUUACGAUGACGCGCUGAACGCCACCCGCGCUGCCGUCGAGGAGGGUAUCCUCCCAGGUGGUGGUGUCGCGCUGCUCAAGGCGUCACUCGCGCUCGCGUCGAAGGCACCUGGCUCGAACGGCCCGUCGUCUGCCGACGCGAAGUCCAUCCCGACGGCGAACUUUGACCAGGACCUCGGCGUGCAGAUCAUUAAGCGCGCGAUUACGAAUCCGGCGCGGACGAUUCUGAGCAACGCGGGCGAGGAGGCAUCUGUGAUCGUCGGUAACCUGACGGCGAACUAUGGUAGUCCGGACAAGUUCAACUGGGGUUACGACGCGAGCAAGGGCGAAUACGUCGACAUGGUGAAGGCUGGUAUUGUCGACCCGCUCAAGGUCGUCAGGACCGCGCUUGUGGACGCCGCUGGUGUUGCAAGCCUGCUGACGACAAGUGAGGCGAGCAUCGUCGAGGCUGAGGAGAAGCACAACGCAGCUCCGGGUGGUGCGGGUGGUAUGGGCGGUAUGGGUGGCAUGGGCGGUAUGGGCUUCUAAGCUGGCGCACUACGGCGCGGCGGUGCUGCCUCCUCCCCCUUUUCAUCUCCGUGACUCUUCUGCAGACACAAAAGUAUCGUGACAAAAACGUAGAGGUAAUGUCGGGUUUUGUUGUCAUUGUGUUCUCAUCACGCACGUAUCAUCCCCAUCUUGUUUCGUAUAUCUAUCAUUGCUAUCUGUUGUAUCAUCUGCUAGUCGGCACUCAACUCAUCAAUCAACUCUCCGCUC